AUGAUGGAAGAGUCCAAGCCUCCCUUCACCUUAGAAAUCAUGGAUGAGGUGAUGCCGUCGAGGUUCAGGAUGCCUCCCGUCAUCCAAUUCUCUGGAUCCGGAGACCCCUCAGAACAUGUGGAGUCAUAUCGUUCGUGGAUGCAGAUCCAGUCGGCCACAGAUGUCAUGAUGUGUCGAGCCUUCUCCAUAACCCUCUCCGGAUAUCCUCGGAGUUGGUAUCAACAACUUAAACCAAAAUUGAUCGGUUCCUUCGCAGAGCUCAGCGGAUUGUUCCUUACCCAGUUCAUCUCUGGUAAGAAGAGUCGAAAGCUUACUACCCAUCUAUUUACCCUUAAGCAAGGGAACAAGGAGCCACUGAAAGAUUACAUUGCCCGCUUCAAUGAGGAGGCGUUAUUAGUGGAGGAUUAUAAUGACAAAAUUACACUCUCGGCCAUGUUCAGCAGACUCAAAGAAGGGAAGUUCACUUUUUCAAUCGGGAAGAAUCCGCUGACCACCUUGGCCAAACUCAUCAGCAGGGCUCAUAAAUAUACUAAGGUCGAGGAAUUCUCCAACUCUCGUAUGAAUAUACAAGUUGUUGAACAGUCUUCUAAGGAGAAGCGACUAAGGAACGAAGAGCCUCAAUCAUCCAGCAAGAGGCCUGACGAUCAUGCCACCUGCGAUUGCCGACCCAGCAGGAAGCUUGAGAGCAAAUUUUGUUCCUACACUCCCCUCAAUACAUCUCUUGAGCAGAUCCUACUGGACAUCAGGGGCCAGAAACUCCUAAACUGGUCGGUUUGCAUGAAGAUCGACUCCAAGAACUGA